GGAGAAAAGGCCCGGGAGAGCUUCCAGGAGCUUUUCUUCCUUCCUUCAUCUGUUGCAAAGCUGCGGCACAGGUGGUCGACCGUGCAUCCUGCCCGCUGAAACAGAAGACACUUUGUGCGACUUCCACGGUGUCGGCCGGUUGAGGGAAGCGAAUGUGAGAAUCCACGGAUCACAGAGGCGGCGCGCUGGAGCCGCUUCCUCGUGCGUAAACAACAUCGGAAUCACCGAAGUUGCCGAGUGAAAAAUACGAACCAAAAACUGUUUACUUUAAAAUUGAGGAGGAUUUUGGAGACUGCUGAGAUGGGACCGUUUAUCCUCUGCGCUCUUCUGCUGAUAAAAACUGCUCUUGGAGAGGCCUGUGCCAGUGGCCGGUUCACUGAAUCGGGCCAGUGUUGCAGUCUGUGUCCCGCUGGCUUCGAAAUGAAGGUAGAUUGUGGGAAAGAGGACACUAAGUGCACCCAAUGCCCACAGGGAAAGUUUUCCUCGUCUGAAGGCUUCGGCCCUUGCCUCCCCUGUGCUAAGUGCCCACCCAGUGUUCCCACGGCGGCCUCUUGCUCUGCCACCCAAGACACACAAUGUGAAUGUGACAACGGCUAUUUCUUCAUGAGGCGCCUCCUCGUGUGUGUGCCUUGCUCCAAAUGCACUGUCGGAGAGGGUGUUACUCGGGAGUGCGGUCCGCAGGGAGACACGCAGUGCCAGGUCUGCGGCCCGGGAACUUUUUCGGAGGAGCUUUUUACCACCAAACCCUGCCAGGCCUGCACCCAGUGCUCUGAUAGUGAAGUGGAAAUCCGACACUGCAUGCCCAACGCGGACGCACUGUGCAUGGACAGGAAGCUGCACAUUCUGUCUCGUCCUACUCUGGGUGGGUCCGAUGCUCCUCGCCGGCCAGGUGAUGAGGAAGGGGAGACCAGUCCUGUCCCCGGAACGAAGUUCACACCGGAGGAUGGGGGGGGCAGCAACCACAUCCUGGCCUAUGUUUCUGUUCUGGCUGCCGUGGUGCUUGGCCUGAUUUUCUACGUGGCUUAUAAAUGCUGGAGAUCGUGCCAACAGAAGAGGGCUCUUUCUAAGGCCCGUGCAGCUGAGCUGGGGGCCUCUCCGGAAGGAGAGAAGCUCCAAAGUGACAGUGGUGUGUUUCUGGACUCUCAGAGCCUACAGGAGAACCAGCCCAGCAAAGGUACGAAGAGGGACAGCAAACAGGACAACCGCUUGUACAUCAACCUACCCCCCCACAGACAGGAGGAGGUGGAGCGCCUCCUGCAGGAGGGAGGGGGCCGGGGGUGGAGGCAGCUGGGCGCCGCGCUGGGCUACGAGCCUGAGCAGCUGGACCUGUUUGGGCGCGGAGAAGCUCCUGCUCACACACUCCUCUCCAACUGGGCCCCGAAAGAAGGCUCCACUCUGGGCCUGCUGUGGUCGGCACUGGCCCGCAUUGAGAGGCCCGACGUGGUGACAGCCAUUAACUGCCCCACCCAGGGGGUUUCUUUGGUCUGAAGAAUAAAACAAACGCAUGACACCAGCAGACUGAAGGGGAGGAACUUUUCACUGCCACGAAAAGAACGGAAUGCUGAUAUUAACGCCGCUGGAUGGUCCCACCAAGGGAUUAAGAUGGCUCUGUUGGACAGUAUGAGUUUUUACCAAAAGAACAAAACAUGUUCUUGUCCUUUCUUUGCCCCAAGUCACAAUUUGAUUUUACGUUACUUCAACUGCAUGAAUGAAGAAUCUGCAAUGUGUCUGUUACAACGUUUUUUACUCCUGGUCAACCCUAUGCUACAGAGACGUCACAUUGGAUUAUAGCUACAAUGACAAUGGCAGUAUUUGUAUAGACGAGAAAGAGAAUGAUGUGUUUCACGAGAGUGAUUAUUCUAAAGAAAACUGUUUACAUGCCUGUUUGCUCUGGAAUCAGAUUCAUCCCCGGCCCGCCUCUUCAAAAAAGCCACCAGCCUCUCCCGAACAACGACAUCAGCGGGACGGUGUUACCACACCGUUGAUUAAGCCCGCGAGGAGGUGGUCCAACAACACGUAAUGACGUGACUCUCCUCUUUCGGAUUCAUCUCCUCCAAAAGGAGAAGGACACUAAAGAAUUAACUAAAUUAACGGUUUAAAUGUUCACAAUAUCAUGCUUUCAGCUGCUCAGAAGCCGCGGCGGGAACUACCCGGUAGAUGGUUCAUGUUUGUUGCCGUGUAGUGUUGGUUUUCUGCUCAAGUCACUACUUCACACCGAGCGUUUAUAUUCUGCACCAGUGAUGUUUCAAAUAUUAGAAGACCAAAAAAUGAAGCAUUCUGCGAAAUAUGCAAACACCACUUUCUUUUCCCAGAUAUCAUCUUUGAUUUUAAAUAUCUUAAAUAGUGAUUGUUUGAUAAUGGGUAAGAUAACUGAAUGAAAAGAAUAGACUGUUCUUGCGUUCAUAUUACACAGCUCCAUUUUUAUCACCUUGAUUUUUCAUACUAGACACAAAUCCAAAGACAAUGCUAACAGCAAUGCUUGUGGCCUAAGUCAUCUUGCCUUUGUAUUUAUUUCAUCAUCAUUUUAAGAAUUGAACUUAUUCUAUGGGAACUGGGACAUUUGCUGUGUGUUAGUUGCACAAUGUGAUGACCUCAGAUGGUUCGACUUUUAUAACGCCAUGUAUGGUUUUGUGUAUAUAUUUCUUUAUUGUUUGUCUCGACAUGUGUUUUUGUAUGAGUUUUAUUCAUAUAAUAAAUGACUU